AAAAAAACAUUCCAAAAGAAAAAAACAGAAAAAGGCUCUUCUGAAGGUUAAGAGCAAUGCUCUUCUUGUUAGCACAAUGACUCAUUAAAGCCACACGUUUCCCUGCUGGCACGAAACCUCUCCUCCCCUCCCCUCUGUUUAUCAAGCUGGAGAUCUGUUUUGCUGUGAAACGGCAAUUAGGGUUGUUGCUGGAUUUGGUGUGGGAGGGGGACCAUGGUGUAGUGAUGACUGGCUUUUUGUUAUCGAACCCCUGUGCAGGAAAUAUUGCUGGGAAGCCCAACUGCCCAAGAGUUUAAAAAAAAAAAACAUUUUACAUGAGAGGAAAUGACACCAAACUCUGAUAGCAGCAUCCCAUUUCCCCACGCCCUGUUCGACGCAUUUGGGAAAAGUGAAAACGAAUGUGCUACAGAAAGAAGGCCGACAGUGGAUGAAGUGCAAAUCUGAGCAGAAAAUGAUUUAUAGGCCCCUAAGUAUGUAUUUUAUAUAGGAUAUGUGUUCAUGUGCACUAAGUACGAUUCUGAGAUGAGUAAAGUGAAUCAGUGUCUUGGCAGUAACCAAGGAGGGGGAACUUCUUUCAGCUGUGUACACACAGUAAAAAUGUUUUCCAUUUCCGUUUAGACAGUCAGCAACAGCUAUGUACAUCUGUGGGACUAGGCUGAUCUCUCUUUCUGAUAGGAUGCUUUUGUUAUUGGAAAAAGUGCAACCUGGCUGGUUAUGGUACAUCAUCAACACAUAGCAAUGGUGGUGCCCUCAACAGUGAAUGCUGUUUCCAUGAGACUGGAGAGUGAGGCUUCAUGGAUGUCACAGAUCAAAUGUCUGAGCUAGAAUGUGUUAUCAGUCAUGUGGUACAAUUAACCCAGUAAACCUAGUAGUGUUUUCACUAUGGAGAACUAAGCCUGUUUGCAAGUCAUUAAUUGACGGCAAGUGGUGCCUGAGCCAAAUAUGGUGCAUGAAUGGGGAGAGACCUGACAGACAAAUGGCCUGUGCAUAGUGAUCUGUGAUCUCAGGAUGGAGGAGGUCAUAUAGCAUCACUUCCUGUUCUCUGAAAAGCGAGAACAAUAAACAACAAGGGACUUCCCAUCUGCUGGACAUGCUGUGGAGAGACAGACAGACAGGCGUACAGAGAGAGAGAGAGAGAAAGAGAGAGAGCGAGAGGAAAAACAGAGAGGCAGAGGGAGGAAGAGCGAGAGAGGGGAACAGAGACAGGAAGAGAGAGAGAGAGAGAGAGAGCGUGCUAACACAUUCCAGAGGCAGAAAGUGGCACUUCAGCUCCAGUUCAUAGUUGGGGAGGGAAGAGAGAAGAGACUCGUUGGAGUACAAUGGAUCUCCCCAGCUCCCCUUCUCUGCUGCUCCUGCUCCUGCUCCCCCUGGCCCUUCUGCUCCCUGGCUCUGCACCCACUCCAACGGAGGAGUGCUCUCCAAUGUCCACUCGACUGCGGUCUUUCAAACUGGUCACCCGAUGUAACCUCUCGGUGCUGGCGGACAAGCAGAUGCAGGAGGUGCAGGCCCCUACCACGGUGCUCCUGGUGCCCUGCCUGUACCUGCUGGCCUUCCUCCUCGGCCUCCCCGUCAACCUGGUCGCCCUCUGGGUCCUGGUGUUCCGCACCAAGAAGCUGCCGUCCACCUCCCUGCUGAUAAACCUGACGGUCAACGACCUGUUGCUGCUGGCCUUCCUGCCCUUCCGCGUCUUCUACCACUUCAACCGCAACGACUGGAUCUUCGGGGAGCCCCUGUGCCGCCUGGUCACCGCCCUCUUCUACGGGAACAUGUACGGCUCGGUGCUGUGCCUGACGCUGGUCAGCGUGGACCGCUACGUGGCGCUGGUCCAUCCUUUCGGGGCGCGGACGCUGCGCAGCCACCGGGUGUCCCUGUGCAUGAGCGCGGCGGUGUGGGCGGUCGUCCUGGCCGCCAUGCUCCCCCUGCUGGCCUCGCGGCAGUCCUACCCGCUGGACGUGCCGCGCAUCACCACCUGCCACGACGCCCUGCCGGAGGAAGAGCAGGAGCACUUCUUCUACCCGUACUUCGCCACGCUCUUCGCUGUCUGCUUCCUGCUCCCCCUGCUGGUCAUCCUGUUCUGCUACGGCUCGGUGCUGCGCACCCUGCUGGCCGAGGGGAAGCGCUACGCCCACGCCGUGCGCGUCACGGUCCUGGUGGUGCUGGUCUUCCUCGUCUGCUUCCUCCCCAGCAACCUCCUCCUCCUCCUACACUACUCGGACUCCUACCUGAUCGACGACGAGCAGGAUCUCUACGUGCCCUACAUGGUCAGCCUCGCCGUCAGCUCCUUCAACAGCUGCUUGGACCCCUUCAUCUUCUACUUUGUGUCUGAAGACUUCAGGGCCAAAGUCAGGAAGGCCAUUUUUUGCUGUGGCGGUGCGGGCACGGAUUCCUACACCACCAAUCAGAUUUCGUCCUCCAAUUCGGGGCAGUCUGGAAAGUCCCAAAGUACCCUGCUGACCAAGUUCAAUGCUACUACAGAGCAAGACUCAAACUGAAAAAAAUACCUUAAUAUCUAAAAAAAGAAAAAAAAACAUAAUUACAGAGGAUUGUAUAUGUUUAUUGUACGCUGUAUAUUGUAUUGUAUUGUGACAUAAGUGAUCCUUACACUGCAAUAUUUCUUUAAUGCAAAAGAUUAAAGAUUGCUGUGUUAAAGUACAGUAGUUCUGCUGAAAUAGAUUUUACUGCAAUGCAUGUUUGGCUGGUUACCAGUUGGUUUUGCUUCAAACUCUUCCCUUUUCAAAUGAUUUAACUCCAGUGGUCUACUGUCUACACUUUGAGCAUUUAGGAGCUCAAUGAUUUCAACUGUAGAUCCGUCAAUAAACCAAUAUGUAACAUCUUUCAUAGGGAACAUUUGCUGCAGCACAUUACAGAAAUUAAGCCACCAGUUAUUAUUGGAAAUGAGAAAUUAAGGGAGAACUGAUCUGACAGAUUAAAAAUCCACAAGUUGAAAUGUAAUAUUCUUUCUCUCUCUGGUUUUGACAUAAUGCAGUAACAAUUGGCAGCUCUUUAUUCUUCAGGAGUUGCAUUUAAGGUGGCAAAAAGAAGCAGAAUGUGCAGGGGUUCACCAAGGACCAGUGUUGGGAACCCCUGCUUUAUAGGGACUGAGUGAAAGUAGAUCUAACUACUAAGGCUGUAACAAAAGCAAAAGAUAUAAUAUAUUUAAUAUGUUAUCGCUGUCUGAGUCUUGUCAAAAUAUAUACAGCUUUUAAAAAAGAG